AUAUUACCAUUAGAGUAAGAAGGAAUAAUUGUGUCACUUGUAUGUAGGUUAGAUAGUCUCUUAAAUUGCAUAUACUCACAUACAUAUAAUAAAACACAACAAAAUAUUACGGCGAGAGGACUAUUUAUUAUAUCCCCUUUCUGUGUUUGAAUGCUAAUAUAAAAGCAUAUUGAAAUUUGUUUAUAAAACACGCAAAAACGAAGUAUUUUAUAAUGGCAGAAACUGUUUUAAGUUCCGGUGAAAAGACUUUCAUUCUCCAUGGAAUAGAUGCAGACUUUAGAAAUGAUGGUAGGCGACGAUGCGAAUAUCGAUCAAUGGAAAUUGAAACUAAAUUAAUGCCACAAACACAUGGAUCUGCAAGAUUACGCAUAGGAAAUACGGAUAUACUUGUUGGCAUUAAAAUAGAACUUGAUGUACCUCACGCUGACAGAUCAAAUGAAGGAAAAUUAGAAUUUUUUGUUGAUUGUUCUGCUACUGCAACUCCAGCAUUUGAAGGAAAAGGUGGUGAUGAUUUAGCAACUGAAAUAAGUAACAUUUUAACAGCUGCUUAUCAAACGCGUAAUGCUUUUGAUUUAAGGACAUUAUGUAUUUUACCUCAUAAGAAAUGUUGGAAAAUAUAUGUUGAUAUUUUGAUUCUUCAGUGUGGUGGCAAUCUUUUUGAUGCAGUAGGAAUUACAGUUAAGGCUGCAUUAAAUAGUACAGAAAUACCAAAAAUUACAGCUGCGACUCUGGAUGGUGGGGAACCAGAUAUUGAAUUAUCAGAUGAUGCUUAUGACUGCAUAAAAUUAGAUACCAGCAAUUAUCCAAUUAUUGUUACACUGUGCAAAAUUGGUGAUAAUUACAUCGUGGAUCCAACCUCGGAAGAAGAAGUAUGUAGUGCAAGUAGUAUUGUCAUGUCUGUAUUACCAAAUGGUAAAGUUUCAUCAGUGAUUAAGUUGGGUUAUGGGAGUAUUCAGUCUAAUACUUUUAUCAAAAUGUUGCAAAUGGGUAAAAAUAUAGGAUUACAAUUAAAUGAAAGUCUUAUGAAAGCACUGAAAAAAGAAAGUCAACUUGGACAACGAAGACAAAUAUUAGGAUUUCUUAGAUAAAUAUUUGUAAUAAAUAUAAGUAUACCUUUCAUCCUAAAUAUAAUUUAAUUUUACAUAUAAA